GGGACAUCGUGAUCGCCCUCCCUGUCUCCUCUAAUCACCGGCUCACUCUCACGUCUCCUGAACAGCGGCGCUCAUCCCACAUCACGGGCACUGAGAUCCACACGCGCCCACAAUGCCGCGACAAAGCAAAGGUGCAUUUGCACUGGCCGCCCUUGCCGGCCUUGCCGCCGCCUCGCCCGCCGCCACCCGGCGCGACAGUAGUAGCACCUACUCCACUGGUUCCACUCCCGCACCCGGCCCAUACGAGGCGACUUGGGAGUCGACCGACAAGCACACGGCGUCCCCAGAGUGGUUCAAGGACGCCAAGUUCGGUGUGUAUUGGCACUGGGGUGCGUUCACCACAGCGCAGCACGGCAGCGAGUGGUACCCGCGGAACAUCUACCGUAAGAUUGACGCACCCGAGACGGAGCGCCCGUGGCACGAGAAGACGUACGGCGACCCGGAUACAGUGUUUGGGUACGACAAGUUUAUCCUUGGAGGCCAGGAUCUCGCCGGGAACCACGUCCAGUUCAAACCCGUGCUAGUAUCUGAAGGCGGCGAGUUCGACCCGGAAAGCUGGAUAGCCACCAUCAAAGCAUCCGGGGCAAAGUUUGCGGGUCCCGUAGCGGAGCACCAUGACGGGUACUCGUUGUGGGACAGCGAGGUUAACGAGUGGAACUCGAUGCGACUCGGCCCGAAGAUGGACCUGCUGAAGAUGUUUAGCGAGUUGGUGCGUGGAGCCGAUAUGAAGCUCGUCAUCGCGAUGCAUCAGGCGUUCAACACGAACGGUUUCUUUGGGUCCGCGCAGAACCAGACCGACCCGGCCAUGCGGCUCCUAUUAGGCCAGCUGUCCCACGAAGAAGGGUCGGAGCGGUGGCUCGCCAAGCAGCUCGAGGCGCUGGAACAUGUCAAGCCUGAUAUGGUCUGGAAUGACUUCUCCCUGUGGAGCCCCGGGUGGUGCCAGGACGACGGCAGUCCGAUUUGCGGGAUCCGCGAGGCCGAGAGGCUGACGUUCUUGGCGCACUACUUCAACCGUGGCGUCGAGUGGGGAAAGGAAGUACUGACCACCUGGAAGCACGGCGACUUUGGGUUCCGUGAUACUAGCGCCGUCGUGGACUAUGAGCGCGGCGGCCCUGCAGGCUUGACGAGGCCGUACUGGCAGACUGACGAUGCUAUAAGUGCGUCUUCGUGGAGUUAUACGGACGGGAUCAAGUACCACUCCUCCAAGUCGAUGAUCCACUCCCUCCUCGACAGAGUGAGUAAGAACGGCAACAUGUUGCUGAACAUUAGCCCUACCGCGACCGGACACCUACCGGAAGAGCAAGUCCAGAUCUUGGGCGACAUCGGCGCGUUUCUUGCGCUUAACGGCGAGGCUGUGUACGAAACACGCGCGUGGGAUAUCUACGGCGAAGGGCCGAAUCGUGCGGGAGGGGGGUCCUUUUCAGGGCCGCUUGAGGGUGACGGGCGAGACCUUAGGUUCACAAGGAGUCAAGAUGAGAAGGUGCUCUAUGCCACGCUACUUGGCUGGCCGGAAGGCGGCAAGACCGGUAUCGCAAGUCUGGGCAGUGACCGCGCUGUGAGCCUUGAUGGGCUUACGAGUGUUCAGUUCUUUGGUGCCGCAAAAGGCGAGUACGUCGACAUCACCGACUUCACACAAAGCGCCGCCGGGCUCAACAUCACUCUGCCAGAGAAGCCCGCGGAGGAGCAGUACGGUUACGUCCUCAAGUUGACCUUCAGCGAGCGCAUUCCCAUCCCGCAGCCCAUCGACGGCGCCACGAUCUGGCCCGCGGGUGAGAUUACAUCUACUACCAAAGGCGUCUCACUCGAGAUGGGCGAGUUUACUGGUGCCUUCUUGUCAGAAGCCGGGCUCGAGGGCAAGGAUGUCGCCGUAAUCCGUGUGUCCAAGGGCUCCGUCGCGAUCGUGUAUGAGACUGCUGACUUUAGCGGGAUCCCGAUGCGGGGCUUUGUUGCCGGUGAGCAUCACGUGGAGCUGGGGAGUGUCGGGGCGAUUAAACUUGUGCCCUAUUGAUCUAGUGGCGCUGAGGGCCAAUGGAGACGAGAUUGGGACAAGUGCAGCGGAGUUUACGAAAGACAGAAUAUGACAAACGCCUGUGCCCGC